GUUGAGUGAUGGUGGGUGGGCGAAGUUUUUAGGUUAGUGAUUAAAAUUUAGGAUUUUACAAUAUAAAUGACAAGCCAACAGCAAAAAUGAAGUUUCAUUAUAAAAUGGAAUCAGUGCUCAUAGCUAUAACUGCCAUAUUUUGUACAAUAUUAUUUUUAAAACUCCUUCACAACUUGCGAUCAGCUUUGCCCUGGCGAGUUAAUUGUUGGUUUUGCAACAUAAACACAUGGGUAAAAUUCCCUGACCGUAAUAGCUGGUUUUGUCCAAAAUGUGAACAGUACAACGGGUUUACGAAGGAUGGUGACUACAACAAGGUGCUCAAUUUACCUGUGGAGGAGGCCUGCAAGACCCCCAAUAUGUUUAAAAAGAGUCCUCCAAGGAAUGGCCUUUGUAAAAUGUGUAAUAUAAACCAGCAACUCAAGGUGACACAGUUGGCUAAUUUUGUUCCUAUGAAUGAGAAGAAUUUUGACGAUGAAAUAGAGUCAUAUAAGUUACAAUUAGAAAAGGCGUACAAGUUGUGCAGUCCGUGUAAAAGAGUGCUACAAUACAAACUGAAUAAGGAAAAAGAAAGCUUUUUAGGUUCUAAGUUAUUAGAAACUAGGACACCUGAAAAAAAACUAGAGAAAAAACAACAAAAUGAUAAUCAAAUCUUAAAUAAUCUCAUAAAUGGUUCUUCCGAGUUAUUAGCAGUGAUUUUAUUUGUUCUAGUUGUGAUUGAUGUUGUAAACAGUAUAAAAAAACACAAAAGUUUACUAACAACAAUGCACUAUGUUAAGAAUAUUAUACUUACGCUAUUUGAGAGGAUAUUUAAUAUAAUCAAAAUGAAGACAUUUAUUACGUUUCCGUACUUAGAAAGUAGCUUAUCUGACAUGGAACAAGUAGAAAGUAUUGACAUGUUACAGUAUUUCCCAAUAGAACAAUUAUAUUAUUUUAACGAUAUGACUCAGAAGAUUUUAAGUUGUUUUGUCUGUUUUAUACAAAUUGUUGGACUUAUUUUGAAAACGAGUAAAUUAAACUAUAGUAUAAUGAUUGACUUGCUUUGGUUAAUGUUUACACUUACAUCUAUAACUCACAAAACUAUGAAGUUGGAUCCCGUUUACAAGAGUUGUUUCAAUUUGCUGAUUAUUUCUGGACUUAUUUUGCUGUACAGAAAAAUGAAAUCAAAUAAUAAGACAUCACUAAAGUUGAAAAUGUCUCCACAAAAAGCAAAGAAACCAGUAAUGGGAACAAUGAACUGCUUCAUGAACGACGAUAGUACUUCUUUGGAUACUGAUGACGAUGUAUCACUUAGUAAUUUCGGUUUAAACAACUUAGCAGAUUCUUCUAACGAAUCUAUCACAUUAAACGCGAGUUUAAACAACGGCAGAUCCUUCAGUCCACGGACAGAAAGUGUCUGGGGCAAAUCGAAACUUAAUUCAACAUUUUGCGUCAACCCCGUAUUAAAUAAAAGCAUGAAUUCCAUUGCUGAUAAUGUAUUCAUAAAGCCAUCAUUCAAUAAAUACCAUAAUCCUGUUAAAAGUGAUUCUGAUGUCGAAUUGGAUGAGAGUAUCAGUUCCUUAUCGAUAGGUCCCAAAAAUGGUAAUACUAAAAACAAUCCCGUUUUCGGUUUACGGAAACUGAAUGCAACUCCGUUUGUGGUUCCAACGCCCAUAGCUCGUUCUCGUCCUCUAAUAUCUCCUAGCAAGUUAGGUUAUAGCACGUCGUGGGUCGCGGGCGGGUACUGGGGCAACGAGGGUCAAAUAUUCAACAUAAACGGCAGUAGAUCUUCCAGUCAAAGUUCCGGUUUCGAGUCUCAAACGUCUAGUAUGAACCAGCGCAAUCUGUUUUCGCAGCCCCCGUCGCGGGAGGAUUCCAUUUGCGGGGAACUGGAUAGACAUCCACUUCCAGAUCGUUUGCAGAACUGCAGUACUAAUUACUUCCAAAACUCUUCCGGUUUCACUCCGAUCGGGCCCGUGUUCCCUCAGAUGCAGUAUAAUAGUCAUGUACAAAUACCUCAGCCGAGAAUGUCGCAGCAGACGUUGAUGUCGCAGAACGUGUUCGCCCGCCGGCCGGGCUGCCCUACUAUGUUCAAAGUGCCCGGCGGGUCGGGACUCAUCAGGUUACCUCAAGAUAACUCAUUCGCGUCGCGUUAAUGUCGAUAUUCGACAUUUUAUGUUUAAGUUGUUUUGUUUUAUCACUACGAUCGACUUUAACUUCAUAAACUGCCAAUAAUUUAAGAAUCUUAUUAAGUUAUCACGUGCAUUAGUAUGUAAGCGGUUCCUAGUUGUAUGUUUGAAGGUAAACUUAGCGGUAAGGUUGCUGAUCUCGUGUUUGCGGCGGCGGAAUGUGAAAGCAUUAAGAAUUAUUGUAUUGUUACAAUUUUUAUAUGGACGUCACUGUCCUCGUCUUGAACAAAAUGUGAUAUGUAAAGACUAAUAUUUUUUUUCUGAAAUGUGAAAAUGAUUCUUGAUGUUAUCAUUAUUUCCUUUUCUUUAUUGGUUUUGUCAUCUUGUAACGGAACGUUUUUGUGAAGCUCCUGCAAUAAAAUUGUGUAAAAAGUAUC